AUGGCAGCGCAUUUUAAAAAUCGUUCUUUGACGGGAAAAUUUGAGAAAAUACAAAAAAGAAAUCGAGGUAAUAUUAUAAAAUUACAAGAGGGGCUUCAAUCUUGGAAAAAUGGAAAUAUUUCAAGCGAGGUUGAGGAAAACAAAAACGAAAACGAAGAGUUUGAACCAGCGACGGACAUCGUGAUAAAUACAAGGGAAAGCACGGUAGGCAACGUAAACACCGAAACGUUUUUAUCAUUGUAAACAUUUAGGUCUGUUUAAAAAUUUAUAAUUCACGUACUCCAUGAUUUGGCAUUAGGCAAAACAAGAAAUAAAAGAGAAUUUACCUCAAGGAAGCCGAAUUGUUGACAUAAACCAACUGAGAAAAGGAUUGGAGAGUUGUCCAUUUUGCAAAGAAGGUAAACAAAGGCAAAUGUGAAGCAUUUAAUUUCUCCACUUCAAAUACAGAAUUAUUUAGAAUCAAAAUUUUGAUAUAAUUUGGUCACUAUAUAGUUAUAAAAUAAAGUACUGUUUUCAAAAUGUACAAGUGUCAGUUGAUUAAAUUUGUAUAAAUAUAUUAUAAGUUCUUUCUAUGUUUGCAUGAAGAUAAAACAUAUAAUAGUUUUGUUUCCACAAACAAAAAUAUAUUAUAAUUAUGAAUUGAUGUAAAGGUAUGAAAUAAACAAUAAAAACAAUGGCAAUACUCUAUUAUUUUUAAGGACCACUGUCAUUGAGCAAUGUACAACAAGAAAAGUUAUAUGGUCUAGCUAGCAAGCUAUAUAUUCAAUGUCAGUUUUGCAGUCAAACCAAUGUUGUUGAAACAUCACUCGCCCACAAGUCUGGAGCCUCUGGUCCAAUGGCAUAUGACAUCAAUACAAAGUCAGUUUUAGCCAGUCUUCAUACCGGAAUUGGUGAGACGCAUUUGAAUGGCAUCUUGUCAGUUAUGAACAUCCCAACCAUGACCCGGGCUUCAUUCAAAACCCGUGAGCGAGAAGCUGGUAAAGUCGUUGAAGCAGUUGCAGGACACACAUGA